AUGACUCCCAACGCCGGUCUUGAUGCAUGCGUGUCUCUCUUUGUGAGCAUCUGCUACUACAUCCUGCCCUUUCAGAGCGCACGCUCGCGCACAACAGCGCUGGCGCUGAAAUUCGAUGCGUAUUUCUACGACCAGUGGCUACCCCUGUGGGAGCAACUUCGUAUGAAAUACGCCCUGAUGUUACAACUGGUCCAAAAUCGCUCCCAGACGAGAGUCCUCUCUCGCGCACCGCUGGAGAUCGCGUACGACGAACUCCACCGUUCGUGGAACUACACUUGGUGGCCAACAAUACCCUUUUGCGCAGAGAGGAAAGACAGCUGGAAGAAGCCUGCGCCAGGGCAUGUACGGAUUCAUUGGUACAAGAGCUUACGCGAGGCAGUUGCGCUCCAUGAGGCUUCGCUCAAUUAUCGAUCGCCGUCACCAUAUCGCACCAAGGAGCAACCAGAGAUGUUUAUGGAUAUGCCCCUGGGCCCGAGCGGCGAGCUCGACCUCAGCAAGAUCGUGUGCAGGUGGAAUCUAGAAAAUAUACUUUUUGUUGACAUGUCCCGCAAAUCACUCUUUCAACCAGCAAGCCCGCACACCAUGUCCGGUCUUGCGGUACAGAAACUACUCUUUCCCGGAGACAAAAUGCCUCUACUUCGAGCUGUUGAGAUUCCGAGUCCCGAAACCCUCCGAGUGCGGAUGCAACGUGCGCAGCUCCUGCAGGGAGCCCUGCGUCCCCUCCGCUGGUUCGAGAUGGCUCGCGUCACAUUUCUAUGGGCGUACAUCGCCCUUCGCGAUCAACUGACUAAUAAUUCGGAGCGGACGUACGCGGACUCUGAGAUUGCGCUGCUACUGGUCUUCGACCUUUCCUAUGCAGUGAUCGUGCUUUCAGUCAUCGCCUGGGUCGUCAAACUAGAGGUGAUCGGUGCCUGGACUGACUGGUUGGGUACUGCGCUCUCGAACGCGGCCAUGCGUGCCUGCAAUGCCCUGUGUCACAUCUCGGGAAUACAGUCGAAUCUGUAG